GCAGCUAUGUCCGCGCUGCGACUUCUUCUGCUUCUGCUGCUGCCUCUGUGUCCCGGUCCUGGCCCCGGACCCGGGAGCGAGGCAAAGGUCACCCGGAGUUGUGCAGAGACCCGGCAGGUGCUGGGGGCGCGGAGAUAUAGCUUAAACCUAAUCCCUUCCACCCUGAUCUCAGGUGAGCACCUCCGGGUCUGUCCCCAGGAGUACACCUGCUGUUCCAGUGAGACAGAGCAGAGGCUCAUCAGGGACACGGAGGCCACCUUCCGCGGCCUGGUGGAGGGUAGCGGCUCUUUCCUGGUCCACUCCCUGACUGCCCGGCACAGGAAAUUUAAUGAGUUUUUUCAGGAGAUGCUCUCAAUAUCCCAGCACUCCCUGGCCCAGCUCUUCUCCCACUCCUACGGCCGCCUGUAUGCCCAGCACGCCUCCAUAUUCAAUGGCCUGUUCUCUCAGCUGCGAGACUACUAUGCAAAGUCUGGUGAGGGGUUAGAUGACAUCUUGGCGGAUUUCUGGGCCCAGCUCCUGGAGAGAGCAUUCCCCCUGCUGCACCCCCAGCGCAGAUUCUCCCCUGACUUCCUGCUCUGCCUCACACGCCUGGCCUCAGCUACUGAUGGCUCUCUGCAUCCCUUCGGGGAUUCACCCCGCCGCCUCCGCCUGCAGAUAACCCGUUCCCUGGUGGCUGCCCGGGCCUUUGUCCAGGGCCUGGAGACUGGACGAAAUGUGGUCAGAGAAGCACUUAAGGUGCCGGUGUCCGAGAGCUGCAGCCAGGCUCUGAUGCGUCUGGUCGGCUGCCCCCUUUGCCGGGGAGUCCCCUCGCUUCUGCCCUGCAGGGGCUUCUGCCUCAACGUGGUCCACGGCUGUCUCAGCAACAGGGGACUGGAGCCUGACUGGGGGGACUACCUGGAUGGCCUCCUGCUCCUGGCCGAGAAGCUCCAGGGCCCUUUUUCCUUUGAGCUGGCAACUGAGUCCAUUGGGGUGAAGGUCUCCGAAGGUCUGAUGUAUCUGCAGGAGAACAGCGUGAAGGUGACAGAAAAGGCUUUUCAGCAAUGUGGGAACCCCCACCCGAUAUCGACCCGCCACCGCCGAGCCCCAGCGCCUCGGGAAGAGGUCGGCCGACCAUGGAGACCGGGCGCGGAGGAGGAGCGGCCCACGACGGCAGCAGGCACCAACAUGCAGCGCCUGGUGUGGGAGUUCCGCGAACGGCUGGGCCGGGCGCGGGGCUUCUGGACUGGACUGCCGACGACGGUGUGCGGGGACUCCCGCAUGGCAGUGGACAUCUCUCAGGAGGCGGCACCCUGCUGGACCGGGACUGGGCGGGGCCGGUAUCUGCCACCUGUGGUCGGGAGCUCCGUCGCCGAGCAGCUCAACAACCCCGAGCUGGAGGUGGAUGCCUCGGGUCCUGACCUGCCGACGCGGCGGCGGCGGCUGCAGCUCCGGGCAGCCACAGCCCGGAUGAAGGCGGCCGCGCUCGGGCACGACCUGGACAGGCACGACGACGAUGAGGAUGCCAGCGGCUCUGGUGGGGGACAGCAGUAUGCAGAUGACUGGAAGGCGGGGGCGGAAACCCUGACCCCGCUUGGCCGGCCUCUUCUCCCUCCUCGAAGAGAGGGCCCGGGGAGUAGAGGAGGCAGCUCCCGCUACAACCAGGGCAGGAGCAGGAGUGGGGGGACGUCUGUUGUUUUCCGCCCCCAGCCAGCCCUCAUCCUCUUCCCCUCAGCCCUGGCCCUGCUGGGGCCACGGUAACAGGGCAGGGGUGCCCUAGCAUUGGAAGCGUUGGCGCCUUCUCCCCUUCUCUUGGCUCAGCCAGAUCUGGGGAGGACUCGAAGGGGUUGCAGAGAGGGUGGAGGUGAGACCUUGCAGGUGAACGGCUGGGGCCCCAGAUGCAGGAGAUUCCCGCUGGGGGGUUGGGGGUGGGUGGGUGUUGACAAUAUUUAUUUUUUCAUUUGGUAACGGGUGGGGGGUGGGAGCCGGGGUAUUUAUUUAGGAAGGAGGUGUGCUCUCCAGCCCUCUAAGGCUGGGGCUUAAGAUCAACCUCUACGGGGAGAAACGGGGGUUUUAGAGUUGCAGUUGGGGGAUGGGGUUUUAAGGAAGUUGGAAGUGGGGGAGGGGUGGGGUUUUGGGCUGGGGCCCUUGGUGUCAGGAAGGGAGGAAGGUGGGUGCUGACUGGGCACAGGGCAGGGACUGGGAGAUGUGAGUAGGAGAUGAGGGUGUACGGGCUUGCGUUCCACGGAGUUGUUUUCAGCACCCGUUUCUUUAACUGAAGUACAGAUAUAGGGCUUGUCUCGUGGCUGCUGCUGCUGACAUCUGCACAAGCCCCUCAUUCCACGUUUCAGUGUUUGAAUCAGUGUUUGUUCUGCAAAUAAAUGAUACUUCGUGGACCCCA